CGCUGAGGUGCGCAUGCGCGUCGUUCGGGUUCUCCAGCGACUUGUGAAUUCUUUGUCGCUGCGAACUGAUGAACCUGCUUUGUGCUUCUUGUUUUAUUCUAGAAACAGUUUGAACGAGAUCGUUUUAUUAUGACGACGGAAAAAAAAAAACCCCAACAGGUUCGCAGUGGAUCCUCUGGCAGUGCUAGAACGCGCUGAUGUAAUGUAAAGCUCUCAAUGUCGGAUAUGUACACAAACAAAACCGACGCUGGGGUUUAAGGUGGUGCGAUCAAGACUCGGGAGCAAAUUUAGGAAAACCUUGGAAGUGCGCAACAAAAACAAUCGCGCCAUGACGGGACUCGGGAGUUAAAACAAAACAAAAAACAGGAGCGAUUAAUCCUGCUACCAUGAAAGAGGAAAGGAGCAUUUAUUCGCGAAGGCAGCACAUGGAAUACGACAGCGGGCUUCACCUUUCCAGCUGCCUUGACAACGCGGAGAAGGGCACGGGAAGAGGAGGAAUCGUGUGGAUCAAUAACGAUCCCGAAUAAUUAAUAAUCAUCAUAAUAAUAAUCGAUCGGCGAGGAUUACUUUCGCAGGGAGAUGGAGACCGUCGGGAAAUUCGAGUUCAGCAGGAAGGACCUCAUAGGCCACGGGGCAUUCGCGGUGGUGUUUAAAGGCAGGCAUCGAGAGAAACAUGACUGGGAGGUUGCUGUGAAAUGCAUCAAUAAAAAGAAUCUAGCAAAAUCACAAACUCUACUGGGGAAAGAGAUCAAAAUCUUAAAGGAACUGAAGCAUGAAAACAUCGUCGCUUUACACGAUUUUCAGGAAACGGCGAGCUCUGUGUAUUUGGUGAUGGAGUACUGUAACGGAGGAGACCUGGCCGACUACUUGCACUCCAAAGGCACACUGAGCGAGGACACCAUCCGUGUGUUCUUGCAGCAGAUAGCAGGCGCUAUGAGAGUGCUGCAGGCCAAAGGCAUCAUCCACAGAGACCUGAAACCACAGAACAUCCUGCUGUCCCAUCCAGCCGGCCGCAAGUCCCACACCAACAACACCUGCAUCAAAAUAGCUGACUUUGGCUUUGCACGGCACCUCCAGAACAACAUGAUGGCUGCUACCCUUUGCGGCUCUCCCAUGUAUAUGGCUCCAGAGGUUAUCAUGUCACAGAACUACGAUGCCAAGGCUGACCUGUGGAGUAUAGGAACCAUUGUGUUUCAGUGCCUGACUGGGAAAGCCCCAUUUCAAGCCAGCAGUCCUCAGGACCUCCGCAUGUUUUAUGAGAAGAAUAAGAAUCUUAGCCCAAACAUUCCCAGAGAGACGUCCAGCCACCUGAGGCACUUGCUUCUUGGCCUGCUGCAGAGGAACCAUAAGGACCGCAUGGACUUUGAUGAAUUCUUCAAGCACCCUUUCCUCGAGGCAAGCUCCACCAUGAAGAAGUCUGCACCGGUGACCCUGACCUGCUUUCCCAGCUCAGGAUCAGCAAGCUCAUGUAGCAGCUCCUCCACCUCACACCUUGCUUCUCCUCCUCAGUCCCUUGGUGAGAUCCAGCAGAAUCGAGCCAAAGCGUUGGCCUCCCCUACCCAGGAUUCUCCAGGUUUCUUGCUGAAGGAUUCAGCUGGUGGUGGAGGAAGCAGUAAGAACUCUUCCUGUGACACAGAUGACUUUGUCAUGGUUCCGGCUCAUUUCCCCAGUGAGCUGACAUGUGAAAUGCCCUCAGGGAAGGUGCUUCAGGAUAGUCUUAUGUAUAGUGGAAGUUCUCUUCUUGCUUCUGGAAGUCAGGGCAAUCAGGCCAAGUCUCUUCCACGCUCACCCUCUUACAGCAGCUCCGCACCACCAGCUGGCAGGCCUCCUGAACACUCUUUGAGCAACUGUAGUAACUAUGGACAGUCCGUACCCAUUCCAGUGCCCACACAGAUUCACAACUAUCAGCGUAUGGAGCAAAACCUGCACUCUCCCAGCCAGGAUGGCUCCCCACGGUGCACUCCAGUGCGGCGGUGCAGCAGUGGCAGUCCCCUUGGUUGUGGAAGGACAGGACCAUCUCCCCCUCAUCACUCAACAUUCACCACCCGCAGACUGUCUAUUGGAGGCAUCAAACCACUUCAGCUCUCCCCACAGGCUCUUCAGCUACCCGAUGCUAAGUCCAGAUCCAGGCAGCAUGGGCUGGGCUCACGCCUCCACAGUGCCCCCUGCCUGCUGGAGGCCGCUGGCGGCUGCAGGCAGACGAUCAGGAAACAGCACUCGGACCCCGUGGUGGCCCCGCAGGGAGGCGCGAUGGCCCUGAGGCCCCUACAUUCCUCUCCCCGACUCAGUGAACUGAUGCAGCGCAGUCCUUUACCCACCAUCCUAGGAUCACCAUCAAGAGCCAUGUCCCCGUUUGAGUUCCCAAAGCCGCCCAGCUCGCCGAACAUGGUGACAUUUCUGACUCAGCAGGGUUUAGUUUUCCCUUCAUCUCCCAGUCGGCCAUGCCAGGGAGAAACAGGCAUGCCUGCUGCUUUCCAACCCGAGGACACCAAGACUUUUGGGAGGUCGCAGAGCUCUGGUCGUCUGUCGGACAUGCUGUUAAUGGCGGCAUUCGGGGGACAGCUCGGAGACAGAGGCAGCACGGAGAACCUCAGUGCUGACAGAGCAAUCGACAUCGCAGCGCCUGCUACUGGUGGGACCAUGGUGGUGGGUUCAGGCAGUCCUGCAAGAGUGGUGUUCACUGUGGGCUCGCCCCCCAGCGGAGGAACACCACCCCACACCUCUCGUUCUAGAAAAUUCUCAGCAUGCUCCUCAAGCUCCAUCAGUCCCGUGGGGUCCCUCACCAGCCGUUACCCUCAGACAGGCAUGUGUUUGGAUGGUUUUGAGGCCUCAUCCAGUCCUCGUUACGGUCUCACCGACCCCAUCUCAGCCAACUUGGAGGGUGCUGUGAUGUUUGAGGCCCCCGAACUCCCAGAAGAAACGCUCAUGGAGCAGGAGCACACAGAGAUUCUGCAGAGGCUUCGGUUCACGCUGGAUUUUGCUCGCUGUAUAGUGGAGGUGGCAGCGUCGAGAGGUGGAGAAGCCGGACAAGCCGAUCAGCCCUUGACCUGCCUACACCAGCAAGAAAGCGUUGUGGCCGACCAGAUCAGUUCUCUGAGCCGCGAAUGGAGUCACGCUGAGCAGUUGGUGCUGUACAUGAAGACUGCAGAGCUCCUGUCCACUGCACUGCACACAGCCAUGGAGGGGAUCAAACAGGGCAAACUGUAUCCCUCCACCACGGUCAAACAAGUGGUCAGGAGACUAAACGAUGUGUACAAGUCGAGCGUGUCUUCAUGCCGCUCCCUGAGUGCGCGUCUGGAGCGUUUCUUUACCCGAAAGCAACGGCUGAUGGACCACAUCAACACCAUCACUGCAGAAAGGCUCAUCUUUAGCCACACUGUGCAGAUGGUGCAGGCUGCAGCUCUGGAUGAGAUGUUUCACCAGGGCGAGGCUUCAGUACAGCGCUACCACAAAGCCUUGCUGUUGAUGGAGGGUCUGUCACUGCUCCUCACUGAGCAGGCCGACAUCCUGAGCGUCAGCAAGUGCAAGCAGUGUAUCGAGCGUCGCCUCACUGCACUGCAGACGGGCCUCUGUGUAUAGAGAUUCAACCAAGUUCCUUACAUUCCUCCCUUACAUACCUUCUUUCCAUUCCUCUUGCUGCUUCUUCUUCUUUCUCAUCUAAGAAAAUGAAGACUGAGAGGACCGGGUCCAUGGUCAUGGGUUUGUGUCAGUGAUUCCUGCGGUGUACAGAGAGUCCUGAAUCACAGUGUGUAUGAAUGAAAACUAAAGCUGCAGGCAAUCACAUCAGACCCACACCGAGUCCCUGACGUUGUCGUGGAUGUCUUUUUAAAGCGAUAAGCUGCACUGUGGAAACAUGGUUUUGUUUUGCAUAGACAUAACACUAUGUCAGGCUCUGAGUUUCUUAAGUUCUGGGAUUGUGCAAUCACAGGUGAUAGAUAUUCAUCAGCAGCUGGAUUUAAUCAUACACUCGUAUUAAACUGUAUCUUUCGUGCUCACUCGGGUGCUGCGUUCUUUGUAGCUUUAGUGUGCACUUGCAUGUAGUGUAUCUUUAAAGCUUUAAUCUAUAAAUGAAAUACCAUUCAUUUAUGUAACUUGAAGGUGCACUACAUCCACAGUCCAGCUGAAACGUACAUAAUGAAGGUACAAAGGAUGGAUUUUUUGAGGGUACCACACCCCAUAUUAACCUACUCCACCACAUAUUACUGCACCCCAAGCCAAAUUAACCCACCCAACAUUACCCCAAAGCAAGCCAUAUUACCCCACACCAUAUUACUGCACCACAACCCAAGUUAACCUACCCAACAUAACCCCAAAACAACCCAUAUUACCCCACACCAUAUUAGUGUACCCCAACUCAAAUUAUCCUACCCAGCAUUACCCCAAAGCAACCCAUAUUACCCCACACCAUAUUACUGCACCACAACCCAAAUUACCCCACUCCAGAUUAAACUAUCCAUUAUUACUCCACCACAACCCAUUUUACCCCACACCAUAUUACUGCACCACAACCCAAAUUACCCCACUCCAAAUUAAACUAUCCAUUAUUACACCACCACAACCCAUUUUACCCCAUACCAUAUUACUGUACCACAACCCAAGUUAACCUACCCAGCAUAACCCCAAAACAACCCAUAUUACCCCACACCAUAUUAGUGUAUCCCAACUCAAAUUAUCCUACCCAACAUUAUCCCAAAGCAACCCAUAUUACCCCACACCAUAUUAGUCUACCCCAACUCAAAUUAUCCUACCCAACAUUAUCCCAGUGUAACCCAUAUUACCCCACAUCAUAUUACUGCACCACAACCCAAAUUACCCCACUCCAGAUUAAACUAUCCAUUAUUACCCCACCACAACCCAUUUUACCCCACACCAUAUUACUGCACCACAACCCAAGUUAACCUACCCAACAUUACUCCAGUGCAUCCCAUUUUACCCCACACCAUAUUACUGCACCACAACCCAAGUUAACCUACCCAACAUUACUCCAGUGCAUCCCAUUUUACCCCACACCAUAUUACUGCACCACAACCCAAGUUAACCUACCCAACAUUACUCCAGUGCAUCCCAUUUUACCCCACGCCAUAUUACUGCACCCCAACCCAACUUACCCCACAUUACCCCACCACAUAUUACCAUACCCCACAUUACCCCAUCGCAUAUUACCCUACCCUACAAUACCCCUCUACGUAAUCACCUCAUCCUUCGAAAGACACAGUUUAAUGCUCUAACUCAAGAGUGUCAGUUGGAACUCAUAUUUCUGGUCAGGUAUAUUCCUAGCCACUUGAAGGCAAAUUUCACAUCAAUAUCCACGUCACACAUGUGACCUCCUAAUUGACUGUGUCACUUGACACUUUUCUUUUACUUUAUUUCCCCCUUUUGCUUCAAGAAUAUCUUCACCAGAUGAAUGUAACAGACCAAAUAAAUGAGACGAACCAUGGGUUACACCAAGACGGUAACUUGGAGCUGAAUUUGAAGCUCAUUAGUUCUUUUGCACCAUUUUAUUCAAUCCAGAUCAAAUAUAACCAGAAAUAAUGUAAUAAACAGGGAUUAAUUCAUUAUCUUGGGAUACAAACACUUCACUUGGGAUUACAGUUAAAAAAAAAACCCCAUGAAACGUUUGUGAUUAUUUAUAGUUUUUUAUACUUGAUUGAAAACUAGCAUGGUAUUUUUACUGUAUUCCUAGAGCUUUCUUUAUCUGAAUUUUCUUUUUAAAUAAAAACAUGACUUUAAAUAAUUAGUUCUUACAUCAGUUUACAUUAGAUAUUAAUUAAAAACCAACACCAGGAUUUAGAACGAUGGAUUAAAUGAAGUUCGGAAUAUUUUGAACUAGUAUUCCUAAAUAAUUUGGUGCUGGAUCUGGAUUCACAGAUAAACAUGGAUCUAUUCCAGUAGCUUUCUUGGUGCAACCCAGGCCAUGUUGUGUAGAAAAGCAUGUUAUAUAGUCAGCCAUAAAGCUUGUAGUUUACACGGAACUCCAAUACUUUCUCCCUGUUUUCUUUCGGAGUUUUUAUUACCAGUCAGGCCGUGUGUAGCACUUUAGUGAAUGCUGACCAAGAUUGUCCACUUUGUCUCCAAAUUAGAAAAGACAGGAAAAAAAUGAUUGUCGGACUUGAUCAAUUUUAUCACUAUUUUUUUUUUUUCCUUUUACCUCUUCUGUGUUUUUACAUUUUGUUUGGCAAUCAUGUUUGUCCUACUUUUAAACGUGUGUAUGAGUGACCGAAGGACAGAAAUCGACGACAUUCGUUUUAGUUGUAGCUGUUAACGAGAAAUAGUAUAGGCGUAGUAUAGCGUGCAGCAGGCCCUGCGCUGUAAAGCAAUAUUAUUUCAUUUCGUUACAGCCACGUGUAUUUCUUAGCGACGGAUCUCUCUUUUUGUCCCAGUUUAAUAUUCAGUCCAAGAAUUCGUAAAGGACUGUAGCUUGGUAGUGAAUGCGGAGUAACCCAGACGUUUACUGCGCCGCAUGAGGACUCCGCCUGUUUCCAUGCGAGUGUUUUUGUUGAAUGCUUUUAAAACUAUUAUUGUAUGCUGAGUGGUUUGGUUUUGUGUGUCAGAUAUAGGUUAAAUCUAUUUAAAAAUGUGCCUUUAAAAAAAAAAAAAAAAAAGAGCAAAAAUGUAAACACUGAAAAAGGUUUUGUUCGUUAUUUUCUAGUAGCUUUAAUAGAUUGUUGCCUGUUUUUGUUUGUUUUUUGUUUUCAUCGUUUGUCACAUUUUCGGAUGCGUGAUGAAGGACAGGCUUUUCGAGUGUUUGUGUGUUUCGAUUGCAUUGUGUGUUAAAAAGGAUGUAUGAUGGUUAGUAUAUGCCAUACUUUAGUCCUAAACUUCUUUUUUUUUUUUUUUGUACUACUUAAGUAUGUUUUCUAAUAGAUGCUUCACGAUAGAUAACAAUAAGAAGGCCAGUUACAGUAUGAACCAAACGUUCCAACAACGCUGGGGUGGUUUUGGGGGAUAUUUUUCUACUCUCUGGUGAUAUUUUGUCUUUCUAUUCAUUAAUCAUUAAAUGCACCCCCUUUUUGAGUUAAUACUACUCAUCAAACGUCGAAUCAUUUUUAACGUCGUGUGCUGCGUCUUUAUCUCCUGUGCUGCUGAUGCCACACUUACCCUGAAUUACACCGAUUCUGUGUAAUCUCGAGAAAACGUUGCUUCUCUACUCCGCAUAUGAGGUGACAGACUUUACCCUUAAGUACCACUUGUAAAUAAAGAUUGUAAAUUAAGUUAUUGCGCCAAACGUGUAAAUAUGACACGCGAACGCAUGAAGACAUGCUUUUUCUUUCCCUUUCACCCCACCAAAGAGAGUAAUGCUAAAUCUCCUCCCAGUGGUCACUAAACCUCUAUUCACUCUGUAGUAAGUUACGGAAAUGUGCACACUGUUUCCAUGUCAAUAUAAAGGUGUAACUUUUUUUUUUUUUUUGCUUUGAAGGGUACAAUAAGUAAAUAAAUGGAAAAAAAAAACAUUAAAAUGUU